AUGCGUCUCGCACGUGCCCUUCACGGGUGCUCGAGGAGCCAACCACAUAAGUUUGUGAUAUUGAAUUCUGACCUGCUCAGAGUUCACUGGCACCCAACAUUCCGCUAUGUCGAAGAUAGCACGAAUGCCAGAACCGCGACGUGGCCCUUGUGGCCGGGACACAGACGGGAGUUGGUCUCCCAGGCGAGUCUGAUUGGUUUCUAUGUGCAUGAGACUGUGACAACCCUCCCAACUAUUGGGUUUAGUGGUGUGGAUGGUCAGACUGGCAUGAGCCUGCUUCAUGAGGAGCCCCCGUCUGCAAGGCAGAGAACGGUGGUUCCCUCUGGAGUGGGAUCGCCCUGGUUGUCGGAGGUGGUUCGACCGCUCAAACACGGGCAAUUGGUAUUCGUCCGAAGUUCUGCGGACACCUUAUUUCCGAUCAACCCGUUUAUGGGGCUCUGGGGGAUUCUCCUUGAGCCGCCCCGGCGUUCGGCGUUAAUCGGAGGGCGGGAUUCCCCUGAGAACGGCCGCGCCGGGCGGAAGCCAAGCCGGAUUCGCCAGUCGAUUCCCUACCUGGUUCUCAUUCUCUUGCACGUUCACCAGCCAUUUGGUCUAUCAAUUAUGGCUAUGUUCUUCUGCGUUUACUGGACAAACACUUGCUGUGAUUGA